GGGCAGGUCACAGGUGGCUACCGAUCGCGCAAUGUAUCGGCCCGUGGUGUUGUGAGUGGAGGGGGCAGGUGAGAGGAGAGGGAGGGAGGAGGGGUAGGCGUAGGGGUAGGGGGGUUGGGCCAGGCCGACGAAGCAGAGGUUCAUGACCCUCUAUCAGACACGACAGAAUUUGUUGCACGGCGAGCCGGUAAAGAAGAAGAGGGGUCGGCGACAUCAUCCCGUACUAGCUGCGUGGCUGACCCCAGUUGCGGCAGUCUCAGGCGCGGACUAGACAGGCGGGCGUCGCAAACCAGUCGGAGAGAGGUGACGAGUUCGACGAACGAUCCAAAGCAGCAGCCAUGGCCGCCACCACCUUGGCAGCAGUCGCCGCAGCCAACUCGGCCAUCCUGAGCGCGCCCAUCGCGAGCUCAGCCAGGAGAGAGCGCAGCUUCUCCAGCGCUCAGGUCAACCGCGCCUUCUUUGGCAAGGGCCUCGGCUUCGUGCCGUCGUCCCAGCAGCUCAGCCUGACCCGCACCACCGACGCCUUCGUUGUCAGGGCCGCCAAGAAGGAUGAGACCUCUGUGAUUGCGCCCCUGAACGGGGAUCCCUUCAUUGGCAUGCUGGAGACGCCAGUGACUUCAAGCCCUCUGGUGGGCUGGUUCCUGUCCAAUCUCCCCGCGUACCAAACGUCGGUCAAUCCCCUUUUGAGGGGUGUGGAGGUGGGGCUUGCCCACGGCUAUCUCCUGGUUGGCCCGUUCGUGCGCCUGGGCCCUCUCCGGAACACGGAUCUGGCUUUGUCAUCUGGAUCAGCGGCGGCAGCGGGACUGGUGGUCAUUCUGUCGGUAUGCCUGAGCAUGUACGGAAUCGUGACAUUCCCAGAGGGUGCAUCUAGCGGGGGGUUGAAGACGCUGACGCUCACAGGGAGGGAGAAGGAGGCGGACAAGCUCCAGAGCGCCGACGGGUGGGCAGGGUUCACCGGUGGGUUCAUCUUCGGAGGCCUGUCGGGUGUCGCUUGGGCCUACUUCCUCCUCAACAACAUCCAAUACCCUCUGUAGAGCAGCAACAUCUGGACAAAAUAUAUGUGUAUUUAUGUAUUUAUGUAAAACAUAACACUUUCACGUACUCUCACCUUCACCUCACCCCUCUCGAGGUGUUAACACUCACGCCUUCAUCUUCUUUCCUCUCUCUAUUCCACUUCCUUCCUCCUCUUCCUCUUUCUCUCCUUCCUCACCCUUCUUUCUCUCCAGUGCCUUCCCCUUCUCUCUCUCUCUCUCUCUCUCUCUCUCUC